AUGCCCCGAUCUGCUGCAUCCCGGACGUCAGUGGCAGGGCCUCAGACACAGGACAUAGAGCCAGAGGAGCUGCUCCCAGUCCGUUUGACUCAGACACAAUGGGUAGACAUGUCGGCAUACGAGGAGGCAGAGGAGGCAGUGGCUGAACACAUGGAGAUAUUACUCAAGAAGGUCAUGGACGGGUGUUUCAGGGUAGAAAUCAGACAACAGGUAAAUGAAAUGCCCUCUGUGCUUUGCCCAUAUACAGCAACCUGGAUAAAGAAGUGCCUGGUUCAGAUAGUAGAGCAGCAUUUCCUGUGCAGAGAUGGUGGAGAUGGACCUGAGGAGGUUCUGCCUGAGGACUCUGAGCCUCCUCCAGCUGAACCAGAUGCCUGGGCUCAGGGCUGUGUGCCACUAGUGAGCCCCUCUACUCCACAGCAACCCAUCUCACCAAAGGAUGAAGAUAUUGUCCAGAAGGAGGUAGAGCUAAAAGUACUCCCAAAAUCUAGCGAACUGCCCCAGCCUAAAGUUUCUCUAAAGCUACCGUCAAAGACCUGCUCUAACCCUGCUGUUGUCACAAAUAACAAAUUGCACAAUACUUUUACCCAAUCAAAAAUUGAAAAGAAAAAUAACCAUGUACCAAUGCGUGCCAAACCGAGUAAAUUUCUACCCCCAUUGUCUCAUUUUGCAAGGAAACACACCUCGAAGACUGAAAACAGUGAAGUUGAAAUUAGGAUGUCCACUGUUAGUAAUAAGUCAGUGCCAUCAAAUCUGUUAACCAAACAUAAAGCCAUAGAAAGGCUGGAUCCUGCAAGCCUCCCUGACCACUGCAUUUUCCCUAAAUAUGAGAUUGUAGAUUCAAAUGCCAAAUCCAGGAAAUCAAGACAAAACAUACCACAACCAAAACACAUGGAACCUGAAUGGACACUAAAGCCUCCAAGAUGUGAAGUUGACGUCAGACCAAAACAUGGAGCAGUGAUUUCUUCUGGACCUAUCAGACUGGAGGCAAUGACUUUGGCUAAAGGUGUGACACUCUCUCAGUCUGCAGAGCUCAACCAGAUCUCAGCUCCUCCACAGCCUCCUCCACAAACUCCUCCAGGGAAGCUAAAGCCCAUUAGAACAGAGCCGUCGCUGUUUACGUUUUCUGUUGACCAGUUUGUUCCAGGCCCUCAAGUGAAACCACUGUCACAAACUUAG